UGCUGGUAGGAGACUGAUGGAGGACAGAAGGGGCAGCUACUCGCAAGCAAACAUUAACACCGACGUCCAAACGAGUGUGAAAAGACCGAGGAUGCAACAAAGACAGCGCAUGGAGGCGGACAAUGUCCGGGCCUGAAUUGGAGAAGUUUGUUGACACUGUCACAGUUUCAUUGCAUGCUCCGCAACAAAGCGAAAACGCGCACCCAGCCCAGAUGGAAGUGAUUUGAAUUGACAAUCGACGCGCUGUUAGAAAGGCCUUAGUAAAUGUUCCCAAAGUACAGUCUGCCUUCUUGACAAAAUGACCCGUUUGGACUGCGGGUUUCACGCUUCUGGACAGGGAGUCUCUCCCAUUCACCUCUUCAUCGCACUUCUGACGGUCCUGGAGAACUGCAGAACAUUGGGACUAUCACAUGGACCAGGGAACUUUCAGCAGGAUCUGCCUCAGUAUGAAGUGGUUCACCCCACUAGAGUGGAUGCCAGAGGUCACUUCCUGUCCAACUUCCUGUCUCACCAUGCUCGCCGCGUACAGCGGCGGGAAGCGUCAGUUGGACCAGUGGCCGUAGAUCGAGUCUUCUACCAGCUGUGGCACGGCGGCCACAGUUUGCACUUUAACCUCACCCUCAACCCACACCUGCUGGCUCCGGGCUUCCUGACGGAGAGGAGGUAUGGCGGCCUGGAUGGGGCCAAGAUCCAUCCCGCUGGAGCCUCCCAGUGCCAUUUCUUAGGUGAGGUGUGGGACGAGGCCACCGGUAAAGGAAGCGCAGCCAUAAGUACCUGUGAUGGACUGACAGGACUGUUCAAGUUGUCCGAUGAAGAGUUCUUCAUUCACCCUCUGGAGAAGUCGAGCGAUGACUCCUCAGGCCCACAGUCCCACGCCAUCUACAAACGCCAGGCGUCCCCUCCCUCCCGGAGUCCAGUCGUACAGCCCAUCUCAGGGAGACAACCUCUCAACGGUACCUGUGGAAUCACAAAUCAAAGUUUUGAGUACAUUGAGAGGCAGCGGGAGCGGUGGGAGCACCGGCAGCAGGGAAGGAGGAGGAGAAUUCGUCAACGCUCAGUCAGCAAAGAGAAGUGGGUGGAAACGCUGGUGGUGGCCGACCCUAAAAUGGUGGAGCAUCAUGGGAGCAAAGCUGUGGAAAGUUACGUCCUGGCUGUCAUGAACAUUGUGGCGGGUCUGUUCCUGGAUGCCAGUAUUGGAAACGCAAUCAACAUUGUGGUUGUUCGACUCAUCCUACUGGAACAGGAGGAGGAUGACUUAAAGAUUACACACCAUGCCGACAACAGCUUGAACAGCUUCUGUAAGUGGCAGAAGAAACUCAACAUGAAAGGAGAGGAACACCCGCUGCACCACGAUGUCGCAGUUCUGCUCACCAGGAAGGACAUCUGUGCAGCCAUCAACAUGCCGUGUGAGACGCUGGGUCUGUCCCAUGUGGCGGGGAUAUGUCAGUCGCAUCGCAGCUGCAGCAUUAGUGAGGACACCGGCCUCCCGUUGGCCUUCACUGUAGCUCACGAGCUGGGACACAACUUUGGGAUUCAGCAUGAUGGCAACGGUAAUGACUGUGAACCAAUUGGGAAACGACCUUUCGUCAUGUCUCCACAGCUCCUGUACGGCACCUCCCUGCCCAGGUGGUCACGCUGCAGUCGCCAGUAUAUCACCCGCUUCCUAGAUCGCGGCUGGGGCUGGUGCCUUGAUGAUGCCCCGGUAAAGGAUAAGCGGUCUCUGAACUCGGUGCUUCCUGGGGUUCUGUACAGCUCUGCCCACCAGUGUCGGCUGCAGUAUGGAUCUGGGUCCCUGCUCUGCGAUGACAUGGACAACGUAUGCAGCACUCUGUGGUGCACUGUGGGAACGACCUGCCACUCAAAGCUGGACGGGGCUGUGGAUGGGACCAGUUGUGGAGAGGACAAGUGGUGUUUCAGUGGAGAGUGUGUGGUGGUGGGAUAUCAGCCAGAGAGUGUAAGUGGUGGCUGGGCAUCGUGGAGCGAGUGGUCGGCCUGUUCGAGGACGUGUGGGGCCGGAGUCCAGAGCGGCUAUAGAGAAUGUGAUAACCCAGUUCCAAAGUACAGAGGGAGGUAUUGUUUGGGAGAGAGACAGAGGUACAAGAUCUGCAACGCCACACCGUGUCCUCAUGAACUGCCCACCUUCAGAGACAUCCAGUGUGCUCACUUCAACACCGUGCCGUACAAGGGCCGGUUCUACAAGUGGGAAGCAGUCAUUAACCGAGUCAGCCCUUGUGAGCUGCACUGCCGUCCACUGGAUGAACAUUUUUCUGACAAGAUGCAGGAGGUCGUCGCCGAUGGGACGCCGUGCUACCAAGGCAACAAAAGCAGAGAUGUGUGCGUGAACGGCAUCUGUAAGAAUUUAGGCUGUGACUAUGUGAUCGACUCCCGUGCUGUCGAGGAUCGCUGUGGAGUGUGUCUCGGUAACGGCUCCACCUGUACAACUGUGAGGAGAACAUUUGAGGAGACUGAAGGACUUGGCUACGUAGACAUUGGACUGAUUCCAGAGGCAGCCUGGGACAUCCGCAUCGAAGAAGUGGCUGAAGCUGAGAAUUUCUUGGCGCUACGAAGUGACAACCCCAACAAGUAUUUUCUGAAUGGUGGCUGGACGAUUCAGUGGAAUGGAGAGUACAAGGCAGCCGGGACAGUAUUCACCUACAAGAGGACGGGACACCUGGAGAACCUGACGUCUCCUGGGCCCACCAUGGAGCCCCUGUGGAUUCAGCUUCUCUUUCAGGAGAGCAAUCCAGGAGUUCGGUACGAGUACACAAUUAGUCGAAAUGUGGACAACACCUCUGCGCCCGUUUUCUUCUGGAAAUACGGUUCAUGGACCGAAUGCAGUGCGACCUGUGGAACAGGUGUUCAGAGGCAGAUUGUUCACUGUGUGGAAAGGACAACUGGGAUAGUGGAGGAGCACUUCUGUGACCCUUUAACCCGGCCUGACGAUAACCAAACCAGCUGUAACAAGGAUCCAUGUCCAGCCAUAUGGUGGGUUGGAGAGUGGCAGAAAUGCUCAGCGAGCUGUGGGAGCUUGGGCCUGACUAAAAGGACAGUGCUCUGCAUCCAGGCAGUAAGUGCUGAGGAGCAGGAAGCCCUGCAGCCCAGUGCAUGUGAACACAUACUCAAACCUGAGUCCCUAUCCUCCUGCAACACGCACCUCCCCUGCCCAGCAGACUGGACCACGGGCAGCUGGUCAAAGUGUUCACUGACUUGUGGAAGCGGAGUACGUCGCCGUAAUGUCACCUGCUCUAGAAACACCGGUGUUGACUGCGACCCUCAGAAGAAGCCCCUUGCUGUGACUACCUGCUACGUCCAGGACUGUCCACAAGUGGUGGAUAAUUUUGGAGGCGUCGACUGGUCUGGAAGUGGCUGGUUGAGCAAAGAAGUGCUCAAUGAAAUUAACUCCAUACCUGAAGUCAAACCUCCUCCCAAAUACAGCACCACCAGAGCCCAGCCAAGAAGUAACAAUAAUCACCUCGACAACAUUGUCGAGGGGAAUUUUCACUAUCACAAUAAUCUUGAAAAUAUCGAUCACUCUCCGGAAAACAGUGUUCAAGUUGAUGAUUUUUACUAUGACUAUAAUUUUAUCAACUUCCAUGAAGACUUGUCGGAUGACUUUGACAGCGAUGGAACAGAUUUAGGGGAUGGUCACGGAUUCGAGGCUCCACCGGAGACCAAGCCAACCCGCAGAGUGAAAGAAAGUGAAACUACAGAAGCUCCUUCAGACAUUUUUACAUUAACAAAUUCCACCUUGAAAACUGAAGAGCCACAGAACACAGAUCUGGAUAAUACAAAGGACAAUGGAAAUGCAGCAACAAAGGAGUCGAUGCAAACGCAUUUCGAAAAUUUGAAUGACCUUCUGUCUGAGGAUUCUCUUCUGCCCGUCUCUGCCACUCGCUCACCGCUGUCGUCUACACUUAAAGAGACACGUGAGGAGGAUGUGUCGUGGCCUGAAGACAUUACCACAAUGCCUAGUCUGGUUUCCACUACAGAGGAGCCCAGACAUGAUCUGAAAGUGGAGCAAUAUGGAGAGGAGGCUGAAAAUAACUAUGAUAUUUUCACUGAGGAUGUCACUGUGAUUCCAAAACAUGCCGCUUCCGCCCUCGCACACCAAACCAAUAUCAAUGCCACUGUCGCUACAACCGUGAGUGCUCAGGAGACAGAGGAACAUGAUGAUUACAGCUACAAUGAACAUUUUACACUAGGUCCGGAUAUCUCUGCAGACCAGGAAGAUGUAGAGAGUCCAGAACCUGUUGGCUCUCCCACGCCAGCAACUAUAAUUCAGGUUCAGACUGAAGUCCAGCUGGAUGAAAGUGCUUCAGAAAUACCUCAAACAACCAGUCAAUCAAGAACUGUCUUCACCUUGGAGGAUCUGGACUUGGAUCAGACUGACUUUGAUACAGUUUAUGCCACUAGCGAGGGUAAUUCAUGGGAUACAGACCUUGACCUUGGUACAACCUCACUUCCUGCCUCUGAGAAAUUCACUCCUCUCCCUGUUCCCUUUCUGCAAAUCUCAGGAAACCGAGAGGCCUCUGACUCUACGCCUUCAGCUGGAACAGAAAUCAUACCUCCCACAAACCUGGAGGGAGCCACUCGGCCCGCUCCAGCUGAUGACCUGCCAGCUACAGUGAAACGGAUACCGACACAACCCACCUUCACUGAAAGAACUGGAACGAAUUCCGCAUCCCGAGCGCCAUUGUCGGAUUCAGCUGAUUUUGACUACAAUGAAAUAGUCGUUCCCUCGUUAGUGAGGAGCGGCAGUAGCACUGAUCCGGGCCCCUCGUACCAGCUUCCGGCAAACGCGGCAACCACUCCUCAGCAUGGCACUACACCAGUACGACACAUGGAAGCACCAACAACUAUUGGGCCCAUUUUGCCAACCCAUCCACCUAUUCUGUGGCCGCUUCCAGUCCCGACGUCUGCCCCGACUUCAGCCUCCACACAAAUCACUACCGCUGCCUACUGGGUCACCGGCAACUGGAGCGCUUGCUCCACCAGCUGUGGUCUGGGUGCCAUCUGGAGGACUUUGGUUUGCAGUACUGGCUCUGACUCUGACUGCGAUCCUGCUAAGAGGCCUGCGCCAGCCCAGCGAUGUUACCUGCGCCCCUGUUCCACAUGGAAAGUAGAGGAAUGGAGUGAGUGCUCCAAGAAUUGUGAAGGUGGUAUCAAAUCACGAGAGGUCCAGUGUUUUGACUUGCGGGAUCGAAGGCCCCUACGACCUUUCCACUGCCGGGCCAUGUCCUCCAGGCCACACACCCAAGUGACCUGUAACCUUCAGCCCUGUCUCAACUGGUACACCUCCUCCUGGGGACAGUGCUCUGAGGUGUGUGGGGGAGGUGAGCAGCAGCGUAUGGUAACCUGUCCAGAGGAGGAACGAUGCGAUGAGGACCUUCAGCCCAGCAACAUCCAAUCAUGUAAUGGCCAGCCAUGUGCUCAGUGGCUUACUGGAUCAUGGGGACAGUGUUCGGCUUCUUGCGGUGGCGGAGUUCAGCGUCGACUCAUCAAAUGUGUGAACACGAAGGCUGAGACGGACGAAGAGGUGGAUCAGACUCAAUGUGACCAUGAGCUGCACCCUGAGAGAGCCCAGAAGUGUAACCUACAGGAGUGCGAGAGCGCCCCCUCUGGAGCAGUUUGCCUUCGCGACCGGCUAACGGUUCGUUUCUGUCAGACUCUCCGCUGGCUCGGCCGUUGCCACUUGUCCAACGUACGAGCACAGUGUUGCAAAGCCUGCAGCCAGCGUUCCCGCUCGAGCAGCACGUCUCGCCGCUGAGCUGCAACAAAGUAACCGCUUAUCAACAGGAACACUGAUGAAAUAUAAACCGCCAUUUUUAAGUCGACAAUCUGAGCCCUUUACUGAUUUCCUCACCACUACAGACUAAUUAUGAAUUAGUGCCACUCCAAAACUCUGCAUGUGUGUGCUGGUGGUAUUAUUAUACAGGUUUGACAUUGAUUGGAAAAAUGACACAGCACUGCCUCUCUCUUCGCAAAAUAAUGAGAAUGUAAAUAUUUGUUUGCAGUUUUUAUGAUAGUUUGACCAGAAUUUCAUUUCAUUCAUCUUUGUAACAGAUGUGGCUUUUCGAUCAAUGUAGCCAGUUUACUAAUGCGUUAUUACACAUGUAGAUAACUCAUUAACCUUUAUGGUUGGUACAAUGCUUUCAUUUUAUUGACGGCAGCAGAAACUGAACAGAUUAAAACAGACAGGUAGGCUUAUACAAUUUGCAAUGUGUUUUUUGUUUUUUUGUAUAAUGUGGCACAAAUGUUAUGAUGCAUAAAUGCUACAUGUGACAUUUAUAAAUAAUUGGCCGUUUGCUAAGCCCCUCGACACCUGUCAAGCUUUUCGAUCUCACAGAUUUACCAUGCUUUCAGACCGAAGAAGAUAAAAGCAGCCUCUCAUUUCUUGUCUGUUCGUGUCAGUUUUCCCAACUGAAGUGGCAACUGUUGCUGGCAAAUUUGAUCAGCCUUAGCUAAGCUAACAGUAGCUAAAAUAUAGCCAUUUAGUAAUAUCUCAGGCUGACUUUUUAAUGUUUCGAAAUGAAAACCCCAUAAAAGGUUUUAAAUAUGCACUUGAUGGUUACAUACGUGCAUGUCUCAGGCAAGAAAAAGUUAGCAUCCUCGCAAGUUGAUAUUUCAUGUAAUAAAGAAACAUUUUUAUUUUAUUGCAGUGUUGAGCACGUAAGCCCUAGAAUUAUGCGUACGAUAAAAUUUAAGAUCUCACCAUUUUUAUGGCUCCGUGCCGGCGACAGCUCUGGGCGGAGGCAUCAGGUUUUCAGGCUGUCCGUCUCUGACAACUUAGGGACAUUUCUUGAAAUUCGGCACAAACGUCCACUUGCUCUCAAGACGGAACUGACCAGAUAUUGGGAGUCAAAUGUCAAGGAUACUACCACCUCACAAAACAUGUUUUUGGCCAUAACUCAAGGAUUCUUGCCAAAAAAUAUCUAAUGGGAUAAAAUGAUGAAGUGAUGAGAUUUUGAUCAGACAUGGAAGUAAAGUUACUGUAGAUGGCUAUAGUUAGUAGCCAGCCAUGCUAAGGUUUGCAGCUUACAUUGGAGCAGACAAAAGCACUGUUUAAGUUCCUUACACUUUUGUUUUUGGUCUGGGAAAGACUAAAAAGAAACAACCCUACACACAUUUUACAGUAUCUCACUGACGUAUUUUGUAGGCCAACCCUGAAAAUGGCAUCGCCCCGGUUCCCUCGACAAAAGGCCCAUGGGAUUUUUCCAAUCGAUUACUGUAGAAAAUAAGCUCUGGGGCAAACAAGAGUUUAUGAUAUUAACAUGUUUUUUUUAGCAAGAUAAUCUUCCCAAAUUAACACCACUUUUAUGUUUUUUGAAGCGUAAAUGCAAUUGCCAUGUUAACGUAAUGUUAGAAUAAAAAAAAAUAAAAAAAACUACACCGUCGUGUGACUUCACGUCACCACCUGCUUCUUAUUCAACAACCUCUGUAGUCUCAUUCAGCCACUUGUAAGCAACAGCCUUUUUUAAGACAUGCACAUAAACGCCUCAAAAUUCACAAUUGGGGUGUUUACUGAUGUAUCUUAUGUCAAACUAAAUGUGAAAACCACAGACCUUAUUUAGGCAUCGAACCAAAAUCCCAUUCCAAAAACCGAGACGGUGCAAAAAUGCCAACUAAUUUCCUUAUUUUAGGACUCAUUCCUGCAGCACUCUAUUCACACCGCUUGAACAUGUGGAGAGAUCCAAAGGCUUGACAGGCCUGCGGUGCCUAGUUACAGUGGCUAAGCUAUUAUUGGGCAAUCGCUGUUGGGAGGAGGGAUUUAGGAAAACGGUCAGUUGGAAUGUUUAAUGUCUGCAGAAGCUCAUACAAAAUGUAAUGUCACACUUUGGCUUUUCCACACACACUUUUUUUUUAAGUCACAAAGUAAAAUGUAACUGUGAAAAGUGGAGCUGCAGGAAACACUUGGUGCUAGAGGCCACACGGGCUCCAAACAUUUCAGGUCGGGUAUCGGCGGGCCCAGUGCCUUAUCUACUUAAACAUUGGAUCAUUUUACGUUUUUUGUAUUAACCACUUAAUUGAAAUGUGAAAUUCAGCAUUUCAGAAUACAUGUGAUUGUGAAAUUAUUAAAAUUGGAGGAAC